UCCCGGAGGCGGGGACUUGGGAAAGGGACCCGGCUCUGUACCCAGUUGGGUGGCCUUCAUCUGGGAGGGGCGUGUUCCUGCGCUCCGGGGUCCCCACCCGCUGAGGAAAUGGAUGAGGACGGGCUUCCUCUCAUGGGGUCAGGCAUAGACCUGACCAAGGUGCCAGCUAUUCAACAGAAAAGAACCGUGGCAUUUCUAAACCAAUUUGUGGUGCACACUGUACAGUUUCUCAACCGGUUUUCCACAGUUUGUGAGGAGAAACUGGCAGACCUUUCUCUUCGUAUCCAACAAAUCGAAACAACUCUCAAUAUUUUAGAUGCAAAGCUGUCAUCCAUCCCAGGUCUAGAAGAUGUUACAGUUGAAGUAUCCCCUUUAAGUGUCACUAGUGUCACAAAUGGAUCACAUUCUGAAACUACUUCAGAACAACCACGACAGAACAGUACACAAGAGUCUGGACCACAGGAAAGUGAAGUGUCAUCAGAAAAUGUCUUAACUGUAGCCAAGGAUCCAAGAUAUGCCAGAUAUCUCAAAAUGGUUCAAGUGGGUGUUCCAGUGAUGGCAAUAAGAAACAAAAUGAUAUCAGAAGGACUGGAUCCAGACCUCCUUGAGAAGCCAGAUGCUCCAGUGCCUGAUGGUGAAGGUGAAAAACCUCUCGAAGAAAGUUCAGACAGUGAAUCUUCUUUCAGUGACUAAGCUGGGUUUUGAGGAGAAUCACAUCGACCUGUGGAAGGGUGCACUACACUCUAUAAAAUAUAGAGCCUGAACUCUAGCUCCGGGUCAUAAAAACGGCAAAUGGCCACAAAUCUACCACCAACCUUCCUCUGUUAAAAAUAGAAAUAAUGCAAAAAACAAAAACAAAUAAAGCACUUAUAACCUGCCAA